AUGGACCCAUACAAGUUUAACAGUUGGAUCCGAAUUUUAAUAUGCCUUUGUUCUAUGGGCGCGUACCUCUUGAUUGCCUUGAUGUUGCCCUUAUUCGUGGCAGUUCCCAACUUCGAAACAAGGUUCGGGAUUUUCUUUGUCUCUCCCUAUAACGACAACAAAUACAUUUCGUGGUAUAAGUUUGAAGGACACAUUUGCAGCAAGCUGCUCGAAGAAACAUCCAAGACGAAGAAUUAUGCCAAGGAGACAAGACUUACCCUGUGUGACUCCAUAAACUUCCUUAAAUAUUAUUUUUUAAUAGUCUUCAUAAUCACAGGAAUAAACUUAAUGAUAGUGAUGGGCAUGCUGAUAUACACGCACUUCCGAGAGCACCCCGAAACUUUUCCGCUCAAGCACGUGCACUUUUGCAACAAGCUGAUCAUUUUAAUAACGUGCCUGUCGAUUUUCAAUAUCGUAUUGUUUGCCAUCCCGUUCUUCUUCUUCAACACGCACAUGGAGUUUGGUAAAAGGCACUAUCUGCAUGCCGGAUUCUACAUUCUCAUGGCGGACUUCCUGUCUCACUUUUUGAUCAUUAUUUUUGUGAAGAGAGAUAAAACAAUCUUAAAAUGCGUCUGCGAGUUGGAACUUUUACCCUGGGAAAAGAAGCAGAAGCUGCACGUUCACAACGCGGAUUACAAUGACACUCUGAUUAGUCCCGCCGAGCUGACAAAUUACCUUCAAGCCAUGUUUCAGCAGGAGCAUAUAACAGAGGACCAACUGAAAAAUUUCUUCGGAACGGACAACUACGAACAGAUUUACUACAUUAUAAUGAACAAUGUGAAGGCUCAGAAGCAGAUGGCAAAUAUGUACCCAUAG